GCAGACUACGAAUAUAGGGACAGCUGCACGGUCGAUCACAUGAUAUUCCGCGGUCACAUGACAAAGUAGAACAUGUAUCAAUAAAUCGUGAUCCGUCUGAAAUUGAAAACUCUCUUUAAAAAAUGGAACAAAAUCUCGACAAACUUUUAGACGACACAAUGGAUGCCCCUGGAGUUAUGGGAGUUCUUUGUGCUGACAAACAGGGACUUUGUUACAGUGCUAAAGGGACAGUCUCAUCAGGAUGUGCAGGAAUCAUAGCCUCUCUCUCUCAGCAAGCAUCCCUUCUAGUACCAGAAAACAACAGUACUCCAGUUAUCUGUUUAGAGUCAGAUAAAGGGAAUGUUAUGAUCAAGUCGCACCAGGAUGUCACAAUUGCAAUCCACAAGAUGCCAACAUACUGAGAGAACGCUUAAAUCUUGAUUGUUUAAAGACUCUAAAGAGAAUAUACUGCAAAGAGACAAUUGUAGUUCUGGAAAUGCAAUGAAGCAUUUGUAUCUGGAGAAAACACACCAUUCCUGCCUGUGAAGUCCAUUUUGAUGUAGCUACAUUAAUUUGAUUUGUUUUAUCAAGUGGGAUGGUUGCUGUAGUCACCUCAGAGCACGUGUAAUUGUAAUGCUAUUUUAUUCCCAUAGAGUGAUUACUGGUGGUGUUAAUUUAAAAAAAUGAAGAUAAUGCUUUUAUAAGUAAUAUUUAUACAGUAACUUUCAUAACUUGCUUAAUUAUUAAAACAAGUCAUGCAACACUUGCAUGAUACAUCUCUAUUUAAAAUUUCUCUUAAGUUGAGAAGUUCAUAAUUUGAUCCAAGAAAUGUGGGCAAAUUUACAUGGAAUAAUGUCAUUUGGAUAUGGACUGUGCUUGUGGAGAGUUUUUUUUUUGGGUAGCACCAUACACAUUUGGCUUGUUUCAGUUUCUGCACAAAGAAAUUAGAUCAUAUUCUUCACUGCCCUCUUUUCUUUGAAUAGAGGUGUUCCUUAUAUAAAUUCUCUUGAAUCGAUUUUUUUUUUACAGAAAAACAGGUUUAUUUAAAAUGUGAAAAGAAGGUGAAUCUAAUUUCUUGGAAAAAAAGGAAUGUUCUUAAAUAUUCUGUUUCUUCAAACUCAUACCCCUGAAACACAAAAUCCAUGGGGCGAUGUUCCCUGACUCCACCCAUGCAUUACUUCCUGUCAUUAUCUACAGAAAUUGCAAUAAAAAUCAAUUCAUUAUAACAUAUCAUAUGAGAUCAGGUCAUGGUUGACCGUGAUUGUGUGAUAUCAUGUUGGUACCAGUCGUCUAUGACCCAAAUAUUUCGCCAUAAUGCAUAAGUUAUUUUUGAAUAUUUUGAUGUUUUAAAAUGCAAUUGUAACAUUGAUCUUCGAGUUCAAUUCUCUGUCAUAUGUGUAUCCCUUCUUUUUUCUCCACUGCAAUCAAUUGGUACCCAUUUUAAUGAUAAUGCUGAAUUAAAUCUGUGAUAAGUUUAAUUUUAUUACUGUUCAUUAAUCAACAACUGUCUUAGAUUACAAUGGAAUGUACUUUUUAACAAAUUUACCUUAAUUUGGUUGGAAGGAUACUGUAACAAAUAUUUCUAUACCAUGAUUUCCAAAUACAAGAAAAAUAUCUGAAAAUUAUUAUCUUUCAGUAUGAGAAUUAAGUUUUUGAAAUGUCAUCAUAACUAAGAAAGUAUAUGGACCUAGUUUAUGAAACUUGAACAUAAGGGUAAUCAAGUAUUACUGAACAUCUUAUUUGAGUUUCAGGUCACAUGACCAAGGUAAAAGUUCACUUAGGGUCAAUGAACUUGGCCAUGUUGGAGAUAUUUAUGGAAUUGUGAUCAUAACUUUGAAAUUUUAUGGAUCUAGUUCAUGAAACUUGAAAAUACGGGCAAUCAAUUAUCCCUAUAAACGAUUUCAUAAAGAGUUGAUUCAGCAGUGUGACUAUGCCAUUUGGUCAUUUUGUUUCAAUGCAACAUUUUGUGAACAUCUGAUAAGUAAAUAUUGAUGUCCAUGUGGUGCAUUGGUGUAUAAAAAGAUGCUAGUCUUAGAGUAAUAAAGACAAUAUUGAAUAUACAAA